AUGACGAGCCCCAAACCCUUAGUCUCACACAUCUACACAGCAGAUCCGUCAGCUCACGUUUUCAACAACAAGCUAUACAUCUACCCCUCACAUGAUCGCGAAACAACAAUCAAAUUCAACGACAAUGGCGACCAAUACGACAUGGCCGACUAUCAUGUCCUCUCAAUGGACGCCCCAGGAGGCGAGGUAACAGACCACGGCGUUGUCCUCCGCGACAGUGACAUCCCCUGGGUCUCAAAGCAGCUCUGGGCCCCAGACGCAGCAACCAAGAACGGGAAAUUUUACCUCUUCUUCCCGGCCCGAGACAAAGAGAACCUCUUCCGCAUCGGUGUUGCUGUCGCCGAUAAGCCAGAAGGACCGUUCGUCCCACAAGACAACUUCAUUGCUGGCAGCUACAGCAUCGACCCUGCAGUAUUCGUCGAUGUCGACGCGGGCAACGAAGCGUACCUGUACAUGGGCGGGAUCUGGGGCGGACAGUUACAAUGCUGGGUUCCUGGCGAAGAAGGAAGGGAGGAGAUUGAUAUCGACGGAAACACAAAGCGCCUCGUCUUUGAUUCCUCUCUAUCCGGCCCCCAGGAGCCAUCCGGUGCAGGCGUACGAGCGCUCGGUCCACGCGUGGCACGGUUAAGCGAUGACAUGUUAAGUCUUGCGUCUUCGGUGCAUGAAAUUGCCAUUCUGGCACCUGAAACCGGGGAGCCACUUCUGGCGGAUGAUCAUGAGCGCCGGUUUUUCGAGGCUGCUUGGAUGCAUCGUUAUCAGGGGACGUAUUAUUUCUCGUACUCGACGGGCGAUACACAUUUCUUGGCCUAUGCAACUGGGGAGUCGCCGCUAGGGCCGUUUACGUAUCGGGGCCGAAUUCUGGACCCAGUACUAGGGUGGACAACGCACCAUUCUAUUGUUGAGUUUGGGGGAAAGUGGUUUUUGUUUUAUCAUGAUUGUGAGCUUUCGAAGGGUGUGGAUCACUUGAGGUCCGUGAAGAUGAGGGAGAUUGUUUAUGACAAGGAAGGGGGGAUUCAUCUUGCUGAGUAG